AUGGAUUCGAUGCAGUCUGUAGUUACUCUCGACGAGAACAUAGCGCUCACAGAAUCAGAGUGGCUCUCCAUGAAGAAAAGAAUCGGUAACCUUGUCGAAAAGGCCAACGCUUCCAACUUCGAGUCCGUGGCAGGUCGAAUCCUCAGCGAGAACAUCCUCAUCACCGGAAGAGGCCUCUUCUGUCAGGCCGUAAUCAAAACGCAGUCCAAAUCCCCAGAGUCGUCCAACGUCUACGCCGCGCUGGUCGCAUUAAUCAACUCUGAACUCCCCCAAGUCGGACACCUGCUCGUCAAAAGAGCCGCGCUGCAGUUCAAUACUGCGCAUAACCGCAGAGACAAGAAGCGGAUGCUGACCACGUCGACAUUCCUAGCGCAGCUCGUCAACCAGAGAGUCGCCCAUGAGAUUCUAGCGCUGGACGUGUUGCUGCUCCUGUCUGUGAAUCCGAGCUCUGACAAGGUUGAAGUCGCCAUGAGCUUCUGCAGGCAAUGCGGCCAUCUGUUGCUGGAUGUCGCCCCGCAGAAACUGAAGGAGAUCCUUGCUGAAUUCUCCAGCCUGCUGAGGAAAGGCGAGCUGGAGAAGCGCACUUGUUUCUUGAUUGCAAGGCUGCUCGCCGCCUACAAACAGAAGUUUAGGGACUCUGCGACUGCGAGAGUGUUUGAAGCUGAAGAUCAGGUUACUCACUAUGUGUCUCUGUUGCAGGAUAUUGAUUCUGAGACCAGUCUUGAUAGAUUUCACACCAAUUCAGAUGCUUAUGAGGAAGAUGAGGUUACUUCAAAGCCAUCCUCAUGUUAG